AUGGCUAAAGCAAGAGUCCAGUCAAAGCACUCUCGUGCGGCUCGCCGGGCAGCAUCGCCGAGUCUCGACGUUGACAAGUCUUUGACCACCCUUCCCCGUGCCGAAGAUACCGUGAUACAGCGUGAAUCUAUACUUUCUGAUCGCGCAAAUGCCGGUGUGGCAAAGAAGAAGUCGAAGGCUAAAGCUCUCACAAAGGCGCAGCGUGCUAGGCAGCAGAAAGGUAUCGAAAGAGCAGAGAAUAUCUUGGAUCAACUGGAGACGAAAGUGGAGAAAAGUGUCAAGCGGGGAAAGACAGUGAAAGCACGUAGGGUAUGGACAAACUGA